UUCGUAAAUAGAUGUGAAGAAAUCAUGGAAUUAGAAAGAUUAAACACAUAACACAUAAAUGCCAUGGAUUACUUGGAUGACGACAGUACUGUCACUGCGAAAAGGAAAAGUAUAUCCAAUUCGGCAAAAAUUCUAAUAGCUGCAACUGGUGGUGUGGGCAUUGGGUUAAGUGUCAUAUGUGCGUCUUUUGUAGCGCCUGCUUUUCGACGAAUAUGUCUUCCAUAUGUUCCCGCCACCACUGAGCAGGUUAGAAAUGUGCUCAGCUUCUUACCUAAGAACUCACCAAAUAAAUUAUUGGACAUAGGAUCUGGUGAUGGGCGAAUUGUAGUAGCGGCGGCUAAAAACGGACUAAACGCAGAUGGUGUUGAACUCAAUCCAUGGUUGGUAUGGUACUCACGAUUAUCAGCUCUACGACAAGGUGUCUAUGGUAAAACACACUUCUAUAGACGUGAUUUGUGGAAAUAUAACGUAGCGCCGUAUGAAUAUGUGGUUAUAUUCGGUGUGGAACAGAUGAUGAAAGAUUUGGAAAAGAAGCUAAUUGCCGAGUCACCCAGAAAUGCCAAAAUUAUCGCAUGCAGGUUUCCACUGCCCAAUUUGCAACCACAACGUAUUAUAGAAGAAGGCGUUAACACUGUCUGGUUUUAUGACUUGAACAAAGCUGAGUCAAUUGCCGAAAGAAAUACAUAAUAUGUCAUAAUUAACAUUAAAAA